AUGUCUGCUUACCAUCGACCUCCUGCGAAAUUAACGCGAGUCAUUUCAUUCCUUCCUUGUUUCCGGUUGGUUUCUCGAGCCAUGUCUUCGUCCUUCAUUCAAGAAGAGAAUCAAAACCCGAAUUACGAUCCUAGGAAAUAUUACCCUGCUCGGGUUGGAGAGACCAUUUCCAGGCGAUACCGUGUCAUCUCAAAGUUAGGCUGGGGAGCAAAUUCUACUGUCUGGCUAGCAAAAGACACAACUCGGUCAUCAAAUCAAUAUGUGACGUUAAAAAUUACGAACUGUGGCAAAGAGGAACAAAGAUCUGCCAAUGAAGAAGUAGAAAUGUCGCGAUAUAUCUCUCAGCUGCAAUCUGAUCAUGAAGGUCGGAAAUAUGUUCGGCUUGUGCGUGAGUCUUUCAGUAUCCGAGGCGCGCUGGGAGAGCACUUCUGCUUGGUAUUUGAACCUUUGAGGGAACCGCUCUGGCUGUUGGGGAAACACCUUGGAAGCAACGGGGUGCCUCCCGCCGUCCUCAAGCCAUUUUUAAAAUUAUUACUCCAGGGCCUUGACUUUCUCCAUUCCGAGUGCCAUAUUAUACAUACAGACCUCAAGGCAGAUAACCUUCUCUUGGGAUUCGAAGACUCUGGUGUUCUUGAGAGUUAUGCUCGGCAACAAGAAAACAAUCCUGCUCCGUUUGGGGACGAUCAUGGUCGUCCUGUAUUUCAGUCUCGUCCGGAUUUCGGGCAUCUGAGGAAAGGGGUAGGACUGGUUCAGAUCAGCGACUUCAGUGCUGCUGUUUUUGGCAACGUGGCUGAGCCUCAUAACCAUGAUAUCCAACCUCUGCCCUUUUGUGCGCCAGAGGUACUCUUGAAGGCGACAUGGACAUAUAGUGCAGAUAUAUGGAACUUGGGCACCAUGCUAUGGGAGCUUCUUGCAGAUCGUGUUCUUUUUGAUGGACUGGACCCCGGGAGCAGCACAUACUCGCGAGUAAAACACAUAGCCCAAAUAAUACGGCUGCUUGGUCCGCCUCCACAGCUGUUACUAGAAAGGGCAGACCAAGGCAUUUGCUCCGAACUCUUCUCCAGCCAUGGUAUGAUGUCUGCCACUUCUAUUAUCUCGGGCGAUAACUAA